CUCCAGUCUGAUUCAGUUCCAUGGAAAAUCAGGAUAGACAGCAUGAGAAUUUGGUAACAAGGAAUGUGGACAUUCACAGAAAAAAGGGGACUAAAGCAUUUAGGAGAAAACAGGCUCACAGACAACAAGAAAACUGAAAACAAAAAGAGGGGAGGGAUGCAGGGAGCACAGGACAGCAGAGCAGCUCAGGGUCCCCCUCCUUUGCACAGGGUCAAAAUCUUUUGUAUGCACUCCCAUAAAUUCGGACAGACCUCCCUUCACGGGUUCCAGCUUUAAAUCGGCAGCAGCAACUGCCCGCUGGUGUUACCUUCAACUUUCCGCCACACUUAAUGCUCUGUUUAGAAAACGAUGAAAAAAAAAAACAGUUUCAGUCUCAUUGUCUUCUUGGAGGACAGAGUACGUCCGGGUAAAAUGAGAUGAAUUCUUUAGUCCGUGGAGAAGGGGACCUUGAAAUGAGUACAGCGUUACCAUGGUGAUGGAAGCACGCAAAUCCGGAGGGCUGCACGGAGUUGACGGGCAUCUGGCCUCAGAGAGAAAUCACAUCUCCCUGAAAAUGGGGAAGAGCAAAAAAAGUGGAGGGCGUCUCAGUUCCACAUGCAGGACCAAAAAGGCGGGUGACCAGGCAGCCAGCAGCGAGGACCAGAGCCUGCAUGAGGAUCUGGCUGAUGGUGACACAGAGGCUUCUCCUCCAGAGCUCAAGACCUCUGGCAAACGUCAGCUGGGCUUCCCUGACAGAGUUUACCUGCUGGCAUCAGUUGUCUUCCAAAAUCACCACGUGGAAAAGCCUGCUUCCCAGCGGGUGAUACAUUAUGGAACACACAGAGGACUCGCGGUACCUGAACUCAAAGACAAGAAGUUGCGACACACAGCCUAUGAGUUGGCCUUCAAUACGCUCAAAUAUCAAGAAGUGCUGGAGGACAUCAUGAUCGACAGCUGCUUUUAUCGUGCUCAUCCAAUACCACAAGAUCAAAUGAGCCUUGUUGCCGUCCUCCUCUUUGACUUCCAGGACAGGAAGUUCCUUCUGCGUCAACGUCACAAAGAGGAGGAGAUCAUACAGGAAGUUAGAGAUAUGGAGAAUUUUCUCCUCAGGUCCAAAAUCAAGCUGGCAGCCUCACUGGCCCGCUACAGGAUCAAGAAUGAUUUCUUAACAAUAGAGGCAUUCCUGCCAGAGAGUGUUAAGAAGAAGCAAGAGAGAUCAGCCAGCCUUCCUCUUUAUGCAUGGGUCAACACACUGAAGAACAGUCUUGAUGAGGUCCACAGUGUCCUGAGGAAUGAGGGCUUUUCGCAGGUGAAAUCGAUCGAGCAGUUGGAGGAUCAGACUUUCUGCCAGGAUCCCCACUGUGUGGAUACACUGGUGUUCCCAGCUCAGAUGAAAGCUCUGCUCUGUUCCACCAAGCUUCUUAGUGACCACAAACUCAUCAUCCAGGAUAAGUCAUGCAGCCUGGGCCCGAACGCAGCAUGCUCGCUGUUGACAGAGGAAGGAGAUGUUCUCAUGGUGGGCAGCUUUUCUGGACUCACUGUCUCCCACAUGGCCUCCCUUAUUGCAGAGAAAUAUAAGACCAACAACAAAAACCAGCCAUCAGUGUAUGUUUGCGUCGGCGACUACACAGAUGCUCAGAGAGAGGAGCUACAGCGUACUGUUGCCACCCUUGGAUGCAAAAAUGUGAAGCAGAUACAGGAGGUCUUCCAGACUUUGGACAGUGGAGAUAAGCGGCUUCAAAAGGUGCGAGUUAUCCUGUUGAUCCCCAGGUGUUCUGUGUCUGCAGUCAGCGACCCCGUGGAGUUCAUACUGCAAGAAAAUGGAGACACAGGUCUGCUGCAGGACUUAUCCCGUGGCUCCACAGCCCAGAGCAAACUGGAGUCUCUGGUUAUACAGCAGAAGAAAGAUAUUGAUCAUGCCUUGAAGUUUCCCAUGGUUUUGGCUGUAGUGUAUUCGACUUGUUCAUCAUACCCAGAGGAGAACGCAGACGUCGUGAACAGAGCACUGCAGCACGCUAAAGCAUGCUCAGAUAUAGAGGGGAAACCAAAACUAGGAAACUUCAGGCCAACCCCCUUCCCUUUCACCUGUUCUGAUCACGGAGAGGCUGCUGAGGAAAUGGAGCACUUUCUCGAUCUGGAAGCCUCUGAGCACUGCAACGGCUGCUUUCUAGCUGUUCUUGACAGAGAGCCUGGGCCAGUGAUCCAAGAAGCACCAGUAGACGUAAUUGCCAGAGCAAAUGCUAAAGGUAUCCUGGAUAGGAUUGGAUUAAACCACCACACCAGAAAAGAGCCUCAUGGACACAACAACAGGAUGAAGAAAGCAGCCCGAGCUCACAGCUCACAGCCCCUGCUCUGUGUCAGUAUGCAGAGCAAAAACCAGCAAAUUAGGGGCAGUGGCAGUGCUACUCUGUGUGGGAAUACGGAUUUCAAGGACUUUAAGCAGUCAUCACAAGGGAAACCCAGAGCUUUGCGGUUGCAGGCCUUCAGAAGCCCUGCGUCCAGCUCUCCCUCCUACUCUAAAGAAGAAUGCACCACCUCCUCCUCUGCCUUCAGAACAGAAAAUAGCACACCCACUACAGGCAUCACCCCAGUAUUCAAUACCACUGCUUCCACCGCCGCUACUCUGCAUCCCACCCGCCCUUCUUCUUCCCCUGAGGCUCCAAUUGUACGUCCCCGUAGGCCUCAACCGGAGAAGCUGAAGCCAGUGGUGCUUGUCCUGCCUUCUGUCCACUUCCCUGCCUCUUUCCCACCCCAGCGUAGUCGGACAGGUUUUAGUCCCAGUCUCAGCUACAGAUGAUGGAAGAUACCUGCUCAAACAACCCAUGUAUCGCACGGCCUCUUCAAGGAUGCUCUGGACAAAUAUCGUUCUCUGUUUUGACUUCCAAACUAAGUCUUGCUUUAAUAAAGACAGCCAUAUUUAAAUCUAACACAAAAAUGUAAACAGUUUUCUUAGCUGCCAAAUCACACGGAGAAUUUGAGAGUUACACCUGGAUGUUAUUAUUUGUCAUUAUCAGCAUCUUUGUGUGCCAUAGAUAAUAACUCUGCCACAGUAACAAUAAAGUCAAACUGCAUGUAUUCACAAC